AUGAAGACGAUUCAUUUGAAUUUGGGAGUUUCAGUGAGUGAUUUCGAUCUUGAGAAAGCAGUUUGUAAUCAUGGGCAGUUUAUGAUGCCACCAAACCAAUGGAUUCCUUCUUCUAAAACUCUCCAACGUCCACUUCGACUCUCUGAUUCUCAUUCUUCUGUUUUUGUCUCUAUUAACCAACCUUCUUCUUCUCUUCUCACCAUUCAAAUCCAUUCUUCUUCCACUCCUCUCUCUCCCCAAGAUCAACAAGCUAUUUUGGAUCAAGUGGUUCGGAUGCUUAGGCUUACCGAGAAAGAUGAAGAUGAGUUGAGGAAAUUUCAAAGCUUGCAUCCGAGAGCUAAACAGAUGGGGUUUGGUCGCCUUUUUCGAUCUCCCACUCUUUUUGAAGAUGCGCUUAAGUCCAUCCUUCUAUGCAAUACCACGUGGAAAAGGACACUGGCAAUGGCUGGACAGCUGUGUGAGCUCCAAGCGAAAAUGAGGAGGCAAAUUACAAGGAAGAGAAAAAGGAAAUUAGGGGAGAAAGAAGGAGAAAUUGGGAAUUUUCCAAAUGCUGAAGAAGUUUGUAGAAUGGGAGUUGAAUUGUUGAAGAAGCAUUGUCUUGGUUACAGAGCUGCUUACAUCAUUAACUUUGCUAAAUGCGUUCAAAGCGGCAAAAUCGAUCUUCAAAACCCUAAUUAUUUCCCUAAAAUCAAAGGCUUUGGACCUUUUGCGACAGCUAAUGUACUCAUGUGCCUUGGACUUUACCGUCAACUUCCAAUUGAUACUGAAACUAUAAGGCACUUAAAACAGGUACAUGGAAGACAAUUUUGCAACAAUAAGACAGUACGCGAAGAUGUCAAACAAAUUUACGACAAGUAUGCUCCUUUCCAAUGCUUGGCCUAUUGGUUGGAGGCUUUGUGGAGUAUUAUGAGAGCAAAUUCGGGAAGCUAA